AUGUCAAUCCCUGAACCCAAGGCCGCAAGACUGGAAAAUCAUAACUCGGGCCACGGGGAGAAAUCUAGUACGCAAUUACCCACGAGGGAUUCAAAAAGAGGCCACGAUGAGUCGGCCAUCUCGAUAGCCCCCAAGUCCAAGGCCGCGAAAUUCAAUGCACAUACGUUGAGAAAACUACAAACUGCUUUCGACAAGAACCCAGAGAUUGAUCUAACUACACAGAUGCCUACGGAAUACUCUGUUCGUCUGGUCGAAUUUCAGGGAGAAUUUUGGAAAAAUGUCACCGGCUCAUGCACACAAGAGAUGAUGGUGUCCAGGGGUUCGAUGACCAGCACACAGCUGAUGGCGGAGCGCUUGUUGUCGGCCCAAAAACGGCGGGAAUAA